AUGGAGGUUUUAGCCCUUCCUCCGGAUAUUUGCUGCUUUACAGAAUUACUCGACUCCAGUGAUGGCGAUGAAGAAGAAACACUCGUAUGCGAAGAGGAUUUAGAGGUUAAUCCUUUUGACGGCCUGCCUUAUUCUUCUCGGUACUAUAAACUCACGAAGGAAAGGGAGGAGCUGCCAGUGUGGCAAGUGAAAUACACGUUUAUGGAGAGUUUGCUUCAUAAUCAAGUUGUGAUUGUGGCAGGAGAUGCUAAGACUGGCAAGAGCUCCCAGGUUCCUCAGUGGUGUGCUGAGUACUGCCUCUCGGCCCGGUACCGGCACGGCGUGGUGGUGUGCACCCAGGUGCACAAGCAGACAGCGGUGUGGCUGGCGUUACGUGUGGCCGAUGAAAUGGAUGUCAAUGUCGGCCACGAAGUCGGGUAUUUUGUCCCCUUUGAAAGCUGCUGCACAGCAGAAACCAUCCUGAGAUACUGUACAGACGAUAUGCUACAAAGGGAAAUGAUGUCUGUUCCUCUUCUGAACUACUAUGGAGUCAUCAUCUUGGAUGAUGUGCAUGAAAGAACUGUUCCAACCGAUGCACUCCUUGCCCUUCUCAAAGUGGUCUUGCUAUCACGACCAGAACUGAGGCUGGUGAUACUCACUGCUCCUCAUAUGUCCAGCACACUGCAGAGUUAUUAUGGUAGUGUCCCCGUCAUAAGAGUGGAAAGCAAACACCGCACAGAGGUUGUAUACACCUGUGGCAUUCAGAAAGACCAUUUUCUGUCCGCGCUAAGACUGCUCUUUGAGAUACACCAUGCAAAAGAGAAGGGUGAUAUUGUGAUCUUCCUGGCAUGUGAACAAGAAGUUGAGAAAGCCUAUCAAAUUAUCAAACGAGAAGAGACUAACUUAAAUCCUGACCUUGGAGAACUCAUCCCAAUUCCUUUAUACCCCACAAGAAAAGACUUCAUUCCCAAACCAAAGCAAGACAAACAGAAAUGCUGCAGAAAGUACAGAAGAAAAGUGCUACUAACUACAAGUUUUGGAGAAUCUUUAGUUUGGAUAAAAAAUGUAACAUUUGUCAUUGAUGUCGGAGUUGAAAGAAGGAAGGUAUACAAUCCUAGAAUCAGAGCAGACUCUGUUAUAAUGCAGCCUAUCAGCAAAAGUCGAGCAGAGAUGCACAAUCAAAUUCUGGGAAUGUCUUCAUCAGGAAAACUCUUCUGCUUGUACCCUGAAGAAUUUACAUACAAGGAAAUGAAACCACAUCUACCAGCCAAAAUUCAAGAAUCAAACUUAACUAGCAUGGUUCUCUUCCUUAAGAGGAUGGAUAUAGCAGGCUUAGGACACUGUGACUUCUUAAGUAGACCAGCUCCUGAAAGUCUGAUGCAGGCUUUGGAAGAUCUUGAUUAUCUAGCAGCCCUGGAUAAUGAUGGAAACCUUUCAGAAUUUGGAAUUAUCAUGUCAGAAUUUCCUCUGGAUCCCCAGUUGUCCAAGUCGAUAUUGGCUUCAUGUGAAUUUGAAUGUGUUGAUGAAAUGCUCACCAUCGCAGCCAUGGUAACAGCCCCCAGCUGCUUCUCACCUGCACCUCCUGGAACAGAGGAGAUUGCUCUCACUUGCUGGCGAAAAUUCUCACACCCUGCAGGAGAUCACUGCACCCUCAUCAACGUCUUCAACGCUUUCAAGGAAGCCAGGGGAAGUUCCACAAACCAGUGUUCCGUGCAGAGGCUCAAGACAGACUGCUGCCCUGGCACUAAUAGACUGGCACCCAGCACCAGUGCUGGGCAGAGUUUCCUAAGCACCAAAGGCUCUGCAUCUGCGCCAGACUUCUCUGGUGCAGAACCACCCAGCAGGCACAUCAGCAUCGGGACGGUUGUCCCGUCAGGACGUCCCAGCCACGCAUGGAGGACAGAAGGUCCUACCUCGGUACUGAUCUGCAUCCGUGAAGAAUUCCAGAGCGGCUCGUACGGCGAGCAACGC